AUGAAAGGCGAUAAUUAUAAUUGGGAAGAUAAGGUUGUUAUAGGAUGCGAAGAGGAGGAGGAGGAACUACUAAAGACGAAGAUAAGGAGGAAGACUGAUAAGGAGUCGAUAGCCUUUCCUCGUAAGCCAGACCCCGUUCCACGCUUCCCAGACCCCGUUCCACGCUUCCCAGACCCCGUUCCACGCUUCCCCAGACCCCGUUCCACGCUUCCCCAGACCCCGUUCCACGCUUCCCAGACCCCGUUCCACGCUUCCCCAGACCCCGUUCCACGCUUCCCCAGACCCCGUUCCACGCUUCCCCAGACCCCGUUCCACGCUUCCCCAGACCCCGUUCCACGCUUCCCCAGACCCCGUUCCACGCUUCCCCAGACCCCGUUCCACGCUUCCCCAGACCCCGUUCCACGCUUUCCCAGACCCCGUUCCACGCUUCCCAGACCCCGUUCCACGCUUCCCCAGACCCCGUUCCACGCUUCCCCAGACCCCGUUCCACGCUUCCCCAGACCCCGUUCCACGCUUCCCCAGACCCCGUUCCACGCUUCCCCAGACCCCGUUCCACGCUUCCCCAGACCCCGUUCCACGCUUCCCCAGACCCCGUUCCACGCUUCCCCAGACCCCGUUCCACGCUUCCCAGACCCCGUUCCACGCUUCCCCAGACCCCGUUCCACGCUUCCCCAGACCCCGUUCCACGCUUCCCCAGACCCCGUUCCACGCUUCCCCAGACCCCGUUCCACGCUUUCCCAGACCCCGUUCCACGCUUCCCAGACCCCGUUCCACGCUUCCCCAGACCCCGUUCCACGCUUCCCCAGACCCCGUUCCACGCUUCCCCAGACCCCGUUCCACGCUUCCCCAGACCCCGUUCCACGCUUCCCCAGACCCCGUUCCACGCUUCCCCAGACCCCGUUCCACGCUUCCCCAGACCCCGUUCCACGCUUCCCCAGACCCCGUUCCACGCUUUCCCAGACCCCGUUCCACGCUUCCCAGACCCCGUUCCACGCUUCCCCAGACCCCGUUCCACGCUUCCCCAGACCCCGUUCCACGCUUCCCCAGACCCCGUUCCACGCUUCCCCAGACCCCGUUCCACGCUUCCCCAGACCCCGUUCCACGCUUCCCCAGACCCCGUUCCACGCUUCCCCAGACCCCGUUCCACGCUUCCCCAGACCCCGUUCCACGCUUCCCCAGACCCCGUUCCACGCUUCCCAGACCCCGUUCCACGCUUCCCCAGACCCCGUUCCACGCUUCCCCAGACCCCGUUCCACGCUUCCCCAGACCCCGUUCCACGCUUCCCCAGACCCCGUUCCACGCUUCCCCAGACCCCGUUCCACGCUUCCCCAGACCCCGUUCCACGCUUCCCCAGACCCCGUUCCACGCUUCCCCAGACCCCGUUCCACGCUUCCCCAGACCCCGUUCCACGCUUCCCCAGACCCCGUUCCACGCUUCCCAGACCCCGUUCCACGCUUCCCCAGACCCCGUUCCACGCUUCCCCAGACCCCGUUCCACGCUUCCCCAGACCCCGUUCCACGCUUCCCCAGACCCCGUUCCACGCUUCCCAGACCCCGUUCCACGCUUCCCCAGACCCCGUUCCACGCUUCCCCAGACCCCGUUCCACGCUUCCCAGACCUCGGUAUUUUUCAGGAGCGUGAGCAACCUGGCAAGGGCUGGGAGUUAUAG